AUGUCUCUCUCUCUCUCUCUCUUUCCCAUAAUCAUCUUUCAUCACCUCUCAGCAUCUUCCCUCACCUCCCAUCCCAUCCUACCUCAAUCCCCUCAACAACCCACAAGAUUAAACGUACAAGCCUCACAAAUCGGACUACCCACUCUUCUCAUUUUCAAUAUCGAGCGUAAGAAACAAGAAACUCACCAAUCCGAAUUCUGCAAAGAAUCGCAAGACUUGACACAAUUCCGGAUCAUUGUGUUGCGAGAGGGAUUCUGGGAGUUGGAUUUCGAUGUGGAAUUUUUUGUGGUGAGGGGCCGGGAUGGCUGUGGUGAGGGAGAAGAGGAGGGAGAUGGUGAAGAGGAUUUGAUUCAUGUUGGCGUUAAACAGAUGCAAGAAGUGUUUCUUUCUGAUGCGAGUGCAUAUGCUCACAGGGUAGACACGAACAGGUCAGAUGGAGGGAUCACUGCCAAAAUCCAAGGAACAGUGCUGCACCAAUAUGUGUAUGUCUUGCCAGCGAAGUCAAGUCGUAUUUUGGGUGCACUGCACCGGCGUGAUGAUGCAAAGAAGAAAUGUCCCUCUUACUACUUUAACACCAUCAGCUACUCGUCUUCUUGUAAGUGCAAGCUAUGCUUCAAUACAUGGCAACGAGCCGUUGAUGGGCACAUCAUCUGUGCUGAUGCACCAAGACGGCGAAGUACUGGAGGCCGUCUGGUGGAACCAUUCCGCCUCAGAAUGCAACGUUUCGUAGCACGAUCGCAGUUGUCCGAUGCACGAGGCCUGUGGACCAGAUCACAAAAAGUUAGUGUUGCUGUCGAAGAGGCCCGAGUCAUUCGUCGACACAUAUCAUUUUUGGGGUAUUCUACAGUUCUCUUCAAAAUUCGAAGCUGGACAGUGGUUUAA